AUGGGGCCUCCUCUUUACCACCUAUCAGAUUUGGCCCUUCCCUCCUACCAAGGAGACCGCUGGAUUCGAACCCCCGAUAUCACUGCUAAGACCCUCCGACUCGCCCACUCGAGUCGCUUAGCCCUUCUUAGAAUUGGUAAUGAAGGUGUAUCAGGCUUAGGUUCUGGUUUAGCAAAUUGCAUUAAUCUCUCAAAUUUAACACUUGACCUUUCUGAAAAUUAAAUUGGUGCAAUGGGUGCAUCAGGCUUAGGUUCUGGUUUAGCAAAUUGCAUUAAUCUCUCAAAUUUGACACUUAACCUUUAUGAUAAUAAAAUUGGUGAAGAAGGUGCAUCAGGCUUAGGUUCUGGUUUAGCGAAUUGCAUUAAUCUCUCAAAUUUGACACUUUAUCUUCCUGAUAAUAAAAUUGGUGAAGAAGGUGCAUCAGGCUUAGGUUCUGGCUUAGCAAAUUGCAUUAAUCUCUCUAAUUUGACACUUAACCUUGAUUCUAAUAAAAUUGGUAAUAUAGCUGCAUCAGGCUUAGGUUCUGGUUUAGCAAAUUGCAUUAAUCUCUCUAAUUUGACACUUAACCUUUCUCACAAUUAAAUUGGUGCAAUGGGUGCAUCAGGCUUAGGUUCUGGUUUAGCAAAUUGCAUUAAUCUCUCAAAUUUGACACUUGAUCUUAAUUCUAAUAAAAUUGGUAAUAUAGCUGCAUCAGGCUUAGGUUCUGGUUUAGCAAAUUGCAUUAAUCUCUCAAAUUUGGCACUUAACCUUUCUUCUAAUAAAAUUGGUAAUAUAACUACAUCAGGUUUAGGUUCUGGUUUAUCUAAAUGCAUUAAUCUCUCAAAUUUGACACUUAACCUUGAUUCAAAUGAAAUUGGUGUAAUAGGUGCAUCAGGCUUAGGUUCUGGUUUAGCAAAAUGCAUUAAUCUCUCUAAUUUGACACUUAACCUUAAUUCUAAUUAAAUUGGUACAAUGGGUGCAUCAGGCUUAGGUUCUGCUUUAGCAAAUUGCAUUAAUCUCUCAAAUUUGACACUUUGCCUUUA